GCACUGCAGCAUGUCAAUGCCCGGCUUCUUGAGCUGUACCCUGAUGAUGAAGAACGAUUUGAUAUCGUUCUGAUGACUAAUAACCAUGCCCAAGUGGGAGUGAGACUCAUAAACAGCAUCAAUCACUAUGGCUUAACGAUUGAGCGUUUCUGUAUGACGGGAGGAAAAAGCCCUAUUGGUUACCUGACUGCAUACCUUACGAACUUGUACCUCUCAGCAGACUCGGAAAAAGUGCAAGAAGCUAUAGAAGCAGGUAUUGCAUCAGCUACGAUGUUCACUGCCAACAAGGAUGUUGCUUACUCGGAUACACAGUUGAGGGUGGCAUUCGAUGGGGAUGCCGUUCUCUUUUCUGAUGAAUCAGAACAGAUUGUCAAAGAGCAGGGAUUAGAUAAAUUUUUUGAACAUGAACAGCUAAAUGAAAAUAAGCCUCUUGCACAGGGUCCUUUGAAAGGUUUUCUGGAAGACCUAGGGAAACUCCAGAAGAAGUUCUAUGCAAAAAACGAACGAUUAAAUUGUCCUAUAAGGACCUUCCUGGUCACAGCCAGAAGUGCGGCAAGCUCUGGAGCCAGAGUGCUGAAGACUCUUCGUAGCUGGGGUCUGGAGAUUGAUGAGGCACUUUUCCUAGCAGGAGCUCCUAAAGGGCCGAUCCUGGGGAAAAUCCGCCCUCACAUUUUCUUUGAUGACCAGAUGUUUCACAUUGAAGGAGCACAGAAAUUAGGCACCGUAGCUGCGCAUGUUCCCUAUGGCAUUGCUCAGAAGUACCACAAAUCUGCAUGACUGGAUGGCACUAUUAAAGAUCAGAUUCUUAACUCAGCCAGACUCUAAUGUACCAGUAGUUAUGUCUGAAAACCUCUACAUUUGUAUAUUGUAAGCAUUAUGUUUAAAGAUUUAACUUGUGUCUAGAAUAGCCUUUAAAGGAAAUAUUUUCAAUACAGAUAAGUUUUUAAUAGGGUUAUUUUAAUAGCUUUCUCAAGCAGUUUAGGUUUUUUACCCAUCUGGAUCUCACACUGUUUUUUUGAUAUUAGGAAAAGAUUUGUACUGUUUUUAUAGCUUAAGACAUAUUUUGAGAGACAGAGAGAACAGUUAUAUGUUCUCUAAAAAGCUGUUGGCGGGUUAUUUAUAACAAAAAUCAUGCCGCAAUGCUAGUUCUUGAUGGUUAUUUCUGAAA